ACUAGUUUACAUCUGCCUUCAAACUGGGAUUGAAACUAACGGGGCACUGGAUUGGAUUUUCAGACCUGAAGACAAGUUUUCCAGCAAUUCAUCUGCUCAAGACAUGGCGAACCGACGCCUCCUGAUGGCUGUUCUGCUGCAGUCACUUUUCGGGUGCCAGGCUGCUCCACGCUUUUCCAACGGCUUUCUUUACCACGAUAUCUUCAACAACAACGGCAACGGAGAAAUUUCCUUCAGUGGGGUGCAGCUUCACGUGGAGUCUGAGCAGACGUCCGUGUUCACCUCGCGCGGGGCCAACGCCACCCUGCCCUGCCACUACUGGUACCAGCCGGCACUCAGUGCCCCCCGCAGGACACGUGUCAAGUGGUCCUGGCAGCCGGCCGGUGGGGGGCACGAGAUGGACGUGCUGGUUGCCAUAGGUAACCGCCAGCGUACCUUCGGCGGGUUCAGAGAGCGAGUCCACCUGCGUCAGAUGAGCGCGGGAGACGUGUCGCUCGUGAUAUUGGGGCUUCACCUCAACGACACUGGUCGCUUCCGGUGCGAAGUCAUCGACGGGCUGGAGGACGAGAGAGUGACCAUUGACCUUGGGCUGCGAGGUGUUGUGUUUCCCUACCAGCCCCAUCAUGGCCGCUACCAGCUGUCCUUCUCCAAAGCGCAGGAAGCAUGUGAGGAGCAGGGGGCCGUCCUGGCGACCUUCGACCAGCUCUACACCGCCUGGGAGGAGGGUCUGGACUGGUGCAACGCUGGCUGGCUGGCUGACGGCACGGUGCAGUACCCCAUCACAUUACCCAGAGUGCCUUGCGGGGGACUGGGCUUGGCGCCGGGGGUGCGCAGCUACGGGGCGAGACACAGACACCUUCACCGCUACGAUGUGUUCUGCUUCUCCUCCUCUCUCAAAGGGGAGGUUUACUACCUGCCGCAUCCUCACAGGCUCAACUUCACUGAGGCCAUCCAUGCGUGUCAGGAUGAUGGGGCCCACAUCGCCAAGGUAGGCCAGCUGUACGCCGCCUGGAAGUUCACUGGAAUGGACCGCUGUGAUUCCGGCUGGUUGGCUGACGGGAGUGUGCGGUAUCCAAUCACAUACCCUCGUCUGAAUUGUGGUCCCUUGGUUCCAGGGGUGCGCAGUUUUGGGUUUCCAGCUCCCCGACAUAAGCACGGGGUAUACUGCUAUCGAGCGGAGCAAGCCUCCACCUGUUUGUGAGGAUGUGUGAAAAAGAGAUUGCUGAAAUGUUGUUAAAGGUGCAAUAUGUAGUUUCUGCCAAAACUGUUGCCAACACCUGUGUGGUUCUGAAGGCAUGAUCCCUCCGUAUUCUUAUACAAUCUGUUUGUCCAUAUCAGGCCUUUUUAUUAUAUAUUUUUUAAAUGAUCUGGUGCUGUUUAAUGUAAAUAGAUGCUUUUCCAUAAUCACCAUCAGACCGAUUGCCCUGCGGUACUGCCCUAAAAGCUGCCCAAAUAAUGCCACCCUAGUUUAAAAAAAAAAAACCAUCUCGCCUCUUUUGCGAUCAAGAAAGGAAGUUUAAUUUAAGUUAAAAAUAGCUAAAAUUAAUUGUUGUUUGUCACAGUGGCACUAAGCAAGUGAUCAGAUGCAUAGCAUAGUAAGACUUACAGUAAGUAAAGUGUAACAUUACAUAACAUAAAUAACAUAAACAGAUGUAACACUCUGUUGCUCGAAGCUGUCAUGUACUAGAAAACAAGUUAAUUGGCUAAUCCCUUACAAGUAUCCUGAAAACAUGGUUCUAAUAGAAGCAGCUAACAACAUAAACAUGGUUCUAUUAAGCUAUGAUUUCACAAGCUGACUGACGAAUCUCCAACGAGUUUCUUUUGCUACUGACCCUCUUUCUCUGGGCUUUACCUCAGUUGGCCCAGAUAGGCCGGGGGGGUAAUCAGAGGGCCAAAAGCCCCAGACUGCUGACACUGAGGGAACCCUGAGAAGCCACCAUCCAGCCCUGGAAGUGACAAUAGGAACAUUACUGUGUCUGGUAUUGGCCUCUGGCUCAAUAGUUUGGAAUGGGGCUAAUGAACACUCAAAAACACCUGAAACAAAGAAGCAGUAUUUAGAGAAUAGACAGAAGAAUUUUUCCCACUCUUGUUUCUCUAUGGUUAGUUUACAAACAUGGUUAGUUUUGACAACAAAAAACUGCAUAUUGUAUCUUUAAAGGAGAAGGCUCUUUUGGUCCUCUCUGUAAGUGUGGUGUGAAUGACCUGAAGACAGAGUACCUGUAUAUGAGCAGUGUAUCGGCAUGGCAGAGUUUUGGACUGGAGAGCAUUUUGGUCUAGAACACUUAUUUCUGCACAUCGUGAGGCAGUAUGCACGUCUACUGUGCCAGGGGUCCUGACAGGGGUUAUCCACGGAGAUGAAUGAAAAGCUGUGUAUUUUCUAAGCACAAUAAUCUACCCACUGUCUUUUAAGUACUUGAGCAGCAGUUAGCCAGUUAUCCAUAUUUGGUACUGACCAUAUACAUCAUGUCAACUCAUCAUACUGUGCACAUUUAUUAAAGCUGUGGUAAUAUUAUGUAACAUUACAGAUUAUGUGUCAAUAACUGUGCAACCAUUUCUAUGGUAUUUUUGUUUAAUUCAUAGAUAUAUUGUUAAAAGCAUAGACAACACUUGUUAAAGAGUUGUAAUAAUGUUACAGAGUAUUAGAGUCAGUAUACUGUAGGGCUCUGAAUCCUGUCCUUUUUAUCUGCUGAGGGAAUGUGUUAAAGGGUAAACAGUGUGCAAGGGUGAGUAUAAUUUUGCCUCUUAGAGAAUCAAUUUUUUUAAAAAGAACCUGGUUUUAAAAGAUACUUUACUCGUAACAAACUUGUCCCCACUUAAAGCUCAGACUUACUGUACUUAUGACAUUUUUCAAUGGGCAAGAUGCAGCUAGAUUGCAAAAUGUUACUGGGUAAUGCAUUCAAAUGCUUAUUCCUGAAAGACACUGCUCUGCUUGUUUAAGGACUUCAGUUGAGCUUUAAAGAAAUUGUACAACUGGAAAUGGCAUGUGUGAAAAUACUGUGUUGUAUUAAGAGAUGAUCCUCACCACUGAAAUACUGACAGAAAUAGCAGAUCCACAGUUUACAGGUGGCAAAAAGAAACACAUCUGUUUUUUGAUUGUGGUGUAUUUGGUGUCUUUUCUUUUGUCUUUGAGUUUCAUAGUUCUUGUCAUUACUAUUGUUUACUGUGUCACAAUAUUGUACCUCAUAAUUUCAUAUACUGUUUAACAGCAGGUGGGUGGCAGUAGUUUUAAGUAAAAUAAAUGUCUAUUUUUAAUAUUC